AAAUUGUAAUGGAAAAUGAGGAUUUUGACAUGGAACAUCAAUGGAAUAAGAGCUUCCAAGGUACCACUGAAGUCUCUUUUCGAUUCUCUUGAGGCAGACAUUAUUUGUCUACAGGAAACAAAAGUAACAAGGGACCAGUUGGAUGAGCCUAGUGCCAUUGUAGAGGGGUACAACUCGUAUUUCAGCUUCUCGAAAGCAAGGAGUGGCUACUCAGGAGUUGCAACAUUCUGUCGUGACCAGUGUACCCCAGUAGCGGCAGAGGAGGGUCUGAGUGGGGUACUCGAUUCCCAUGAUUCUCAACAAAAUGUUGGUUGCUAUGGUGACCACUCUAUGUUUACAGAUGAAGAGCUUCAGUCAUUAGACAAUGAAGGAAGGACUGUAAUAACUAAAUUCAAAAUAAGUGGCAGGGGCAACAAUGAGAGCCACCUAGUGGUGAUAAAUGUGUACUGUCCCAGGGCAGACCCUGAGAAGCCAGAGAGACUGGUGUACAAGCUACGGUUCUAUGACCUUCUUCAGGCCAGGGCUGAAGCACUGAUCCAGUCAGGAUGCCAUGUGAUAGUACUGGGGGAUGUAAACACCUCUCACAAACCAAUUGACCAUUGUGAUCCCAAGGACCCUGAUUUCACGAAACAACCUGGCAGAAUUUGGAUGGACAAUUUUCUACAAAAUUCCAAAGAAUCUCAAGAAAAAGAUUCUUUACAAUUUCCAACCAGAGAUACAUCCGACAAUGAGAAUCACAUUGGAACUGAUGCUAUGCAUGCACCUGGAGGGAAAUUUGUUGACACAUAUAGAAAAUGCCAUCCUGAUACAAAGGAGGCAUUCACAUGUUGGAAUACAUCCACUGGAGCACGAAAAACAAACUAUGGAACAAGGAUUGAUUAUAUUUUCUCAGAUGUGAACUUUGUGGAUUGUUUAUCGGAUUGUGUUAUCAUGCCACAUGUAGAGGGCUCUGAUCAUUGUCCAGUGAGCGCCACCUUUAAUUGUGAUAUUAUAUCCCAAGAAAAAUGUCCACCAUUUUGCACAGCCUGGUACCCUGAGUUUGCUGGGCGCCAAAGCAAAUUGUCAUCAUUUUUUAGAAUCAAAUCUAGAAAUAUGCCUGGAGAAUCAGUGCCAGAGGAAAUUGAGACAGAAGAGAGUGUGCAUGUUGAUAGUGCCUAUGGAAGUCAGUCAUAUAGCUCUGGAAGCCAAUGCUCAGACACUGGAUGCCAAUAUUCCAAUGAUACAUGGUCCAGUGAAGAAAAACCUGCUAAAAACAAUCAAACUGCUUCUAUUAAAAGACAUGCCUCAGGCAAAACUGAUAGCUCACAGCCCAGUUCAAAGAAAUUUAAACCAAAUCCAAGUAAACCGGUCCAGAAACAAAGCUCCUUGAUGGCAUUUUUUGGUAAAAAUAGUACAUCAAAGACAUCUCAGGGAAAAUGUCAAGAUACUCAAGUGUUAACCAAAUCAAAAGCUAUCUCUGUAGAUGCUAAAACUAGUGAAACUAAGAUUAGCUCAUGUGAUAUACAGUGUCAGGAAAAAACUGUUACUUCCUUACAGUGCCAUGAAAAGACUGUUGCACAAAAUAAUGCUCAAAGCAUGCCCAGUGAGAUCCCUGUUGCAGCCCAAGCCUCAUGGAAGGCUUUAUUCAGAGGGCCACCACCUGCUCCUUUGUGUAAAGGUCACAAAGAGAAAUGUGUUUUAAGAACAGUAAAAAAAGACUCGCUGAAUAAAGGCCGUCAAUUCUAUUGUUGCGCUCGGCCAGAAGGUCAUAAAUCUAAUCCUGAGGCCAGGUGCGAUACUUUUGAAUGGAUUGAUAAGAAAAAAAUUAAACAAAACUGAGGCCAUGAAUUAUGUAUUCAAAUCAAACUUGCUUUUUAUUCAGCAAUAUUGAGUCAAAAAUUAAUUGGAAAAUAAAUUGAAUGUUUGAUAUUACUAUAUAUCAAGUUUAUUGAACUAUGUGGCUGCCAUAUUGUUCUAACAUUAACAAGAUUUCUUUAAUUUAUAAAAGCUGGAGAUAGACGUCAUAUUUAAUGACUGAAAAGUCUGUCCUGAUCUUACAUUU